AACGCACACUGAGACAUUUUGCGCCUCCACCGGAUGGGGCAUGAUUGUGGUGUCAUCGCCAAAGGCAACCAACUAUGAUGAGUGGGAGAAGCAAACAAAAGCCAGUCGAAUCAUCAUGAAUUGCCCCGACGAGAUGGAUGUGAAGGCGAUGUGUACAUGGAUAACGCGAGGUCUGGAACCAGAUAAGCAAGCGGAAUACUGGAGGAUGGUUGAAAAACACAUGGAUUACGUGGGGCCGAUUCCACGCCACAUCCUCGAUGCGGAUGAAUAUGGAAGACGCACGAAGGAUGUUGAGAGGGCCUUGAGAUGGAUCAAUAUUGGGGAUCAAGGAAAGCACUUUACACAGGGAGGAGAGAAAAAAUGGUAUUCCGAGGAUCCGUCUCACAAGCUUGUGAAGAUUGUCCGGGUGAGAGAGAAAAGCGCAUUUGAGGACUUCGCUAAUGCACCUAUAUGUGAGUAUCUUGGGGUUUUAACGUUAUCUCGUUUGACAAAGGUGCUGAGUCCGCAUGAUAUUUUUUUCCUCGUAUUGGGGAUGAAGAAUGUUCUUCAAUCUGAGGCCUUGGAAAAGUAUUCUUUGAGCGUAUUCUUGAUUGAGAAUUUUGUCACUUCCAUGGCGGAGGAUCUCAAGGAGCUGCCGCCACCAUCGCCUUCCGAACCACGGCCCUCGGUGCUAACGUUAAACCCUCAUGGUCACCCCACCGAGGCAACUGCAAUAAGUAAACUGAAGUCAGUUGGUCGCCAGCAAGAAUUAAAGUAUCGGGUGCUGUACAUACCGACGUUCCCAACCUUUCCGCUGGUGGACGGCUUUUUCUUCAUGGAAUCACCGCGGAGGACGCUGGUCGGGCUGCAGAUGACUACAGCGAGUGCGAAUCACACCAUACCCAGCACUGUGAAUCAGUUCACUGAGCAUCUAUCGGAGUUUUUUGAUGGUUGGGAGGAAUUUGCUAAAGGAUUGUCGUGGGAUAUUAUUUAUAUACAACACGCAGACAGCACGCCGAUGGAAAACUGGCAGAGAUGUGGUCCCGUCAAUACCGAAAAUUUGAGCGACGCUGAACAAGAAAUUGUGGCGUUCUGGAACGGAAAGGUACACCAAUACCAGUUUAUUUUAGAAGGUAAAUUUCCUGAGGCAAUCGAAUUUUCUCAUGAUGGUCUACCUAAGGGGGAUAAAAAGGGCAAGGAAAUUGGUACUACUUAUUCUUUGUAA